AUGUCACAGGCCAUUGGAAAUACAGCCCUCGCGUACGCUCGCGUGUGGCACCAUGUAGACGCGUCCGACCGCAUUCUCGGAAAACUCGCGGAGCGCAUCGCACUUGUCCUCAUGGGCAAGCACAAGCCCAUAUACGACCCCAGUGUGGACUGCGGGGACUACGUUGUCGUGACGAACUCAAGGAACAUCAAAGUGACGGGACGGAAAGACCAGCAACUACUCUUCCGCAAACACUCGAUGUUCCCCGGUGGGCUCAAGGAGACGCCAUACAAGGACAUGAUGGUGAAAAACCCGGACGAGAUCAUUCGCCACGCCGUCUCUGGCAUGUUGCCGAAGAACAAACUACGGGAUAGACGACUGGAGCGGUUAUAUGUGUUCCCCUCGUACAGAAUGGGCAUAUUGGGCGGGAAUAUCCUACGGAGCUGGGACGACGGAACACUACCGUCAGAUUGGGAUCCCAAAACACCGUUGCUCGGGAAGAUACCACCAAACAACACCUAG